CUUGACAGAACCUGUUCAUUCAAUAUCAUGCUUUUGUAUAAAACAAAAUAGUCAAUAGCUGGAGUCGGUGUUAUGUUUCAGUGUUACAAAGUCGAGGUAAAAUGCGUUUUUCCGGUAAUUCCUCGCAGCGCUCGUUGGUCGCGUCUGUAAGAGCGUAAAAACCAGAAAUCGACGAAUCGAUUUUCCGGUGAGCUAUGUGAAGAGCCAUGGACUCGGGUCUGGGAAGCGACGAAGACCGCAGAGGUCGAACCAAGGAACAGAAACAACUCCGAAACCAGCAGCUCCUCAGUGGCUGCUUCAUCGACGCGGCGAGUCUCUCCGACGAUGCGGAAGUCGUCGCCGACAUGCGGAGGAGCGACGAGCGAAGACAGGGGGCCCUCAUUUUCCAGUCGUCCAUUCCGCAGUUUUCCAUGCUUCAGAUGGCCGGAAACGAGGCCAGCGAGGUCGCCGCGACGGCCCCCAAUUACCCCGAAACCAGCACGCCCUACAAUUCCAUCGUSCACCUCGAGGAGGAGGCUGCCAGGAAGUCGCCGCUGGGGUUCUACGUCGAUYUGAAUGAGAUGCCCGAGCCGCCGAAGACGCCGCCGGCGACGGCCGCCAAGAAGAACAUCUUCUCGAUGGUGAUCGACUUCGAGGGGCCCAAGAAGGACAAGCCCUCCAAGUUGAGCUCCUCCUUGGUCUCCUACAAGAAGAACAAACAGUCCAAGACGAUGAGUCUCACUACUAAAUACAACGGAAAUAGCAGUCUGUCGUCGAGUGUUAGCUCCAUAAGUUCGGUGGCUGGACCCAGUAGACAAGUGGAGGAUGAGAAGGAAGAAGUUGAGAAUAAUUGCAAUAAUCAAUCCUCCAGUUCAAGUGAGAAUUCCCCGAUGCAGAAAAGCGAGGAUGAGUCAUGCCCUCACGAAUUGGAAGACAAGAGUAAAACAAUAGAAGAUGUGGAAAAAAAAUCGGAAGAAACUCAAGUUAAAAAUGAAGAGAUUAAAGAAAAUGAGACUCAGGAGCGACCCCAGUUUGUCAAACUCUCCGACUUAGAAUGUCAAAAACCAAGAAUGGAUCUGAAUUUCACUCCCCGAAUGAGCAAAUCCAUCCCCGAGAGUUCAUGGGUGGAAAGUCCACUUCUGAUGUCGAGAUCUGCUGGGUAUCGCAGCGCCCCACAUCCUCUCGAACCCGAAUCUGGAGAUUUUUCUGAUUCUGGUAGCGCUACUGAUACCAGCGUAUCUCAACCCAGACGUUCAGUGCAACGCUUAGGAACAGAUCUACUUCGAAUGUUUUUGGAAGAAAUUGGACCAGAUGUUACCGUUGAAGUAGACGGRCAUAAAUUGAAAGCACACAAAUGCAUUCUGGCGUCUAGAUGUCAAUAUUUCGCCGCCUUAUUGAGYGGAAAUUGGUUGGAAGCUUCCGGAAAUAUUAUCUCAUUACAAGGCUUUUCGUAUGAAUCAGUUUACUUCGCUCUCUGUCAUAUCUACAGUGGGGCCGCCCACGUGCCCGACUCAAUCAGCCUCGUCGAACUAGCCUCCCUAGCCGACAUGUUAGGUCUCGAAGGCCUCAAAGAAGUAGUCGAGCAUGCUUUAAAACAGCGUCACUGUCACAACUUUCACAAACCAUGUGCCGGCUGCUGCACCGGAGUCCUCGAAGUCCUUCCCUUAUCAGCCGCUUAUGGUUUAGACGACUUGUACCAAAAAUGCCUCCAAUGGAUCACUCAGCACUUCGUCAGAGUCUGGCCAAGUCGCGCUUUUGCCACUUUGCCUCGCGAAUUGCGCGAGAAGUGCUACCAACAACACGUCGUCCAUAUGACAGCCGACAAAGUCCUAGAAACAAUAGUGAGUUGUGAUAAAGUCUUGGCCACUUUGCCCGCAUUGCGAUGGGCCGAGCCUGUCACUCAGCUAGUUUUGCAACUUUCGGAUGCUUGUCAUUUGUAUCAUAGACAACAUUUCGCAGCGGUGUUAGCAUCGCCGUCGUUUGUAGCAUUGGAUGCUGGAUUGGGAUGGAGUGUUGGACAAGUCGAGGACCAAAUGGUCGCUGCUGCAGGAAAUUUAAGUGUCGAGCAGGCUUGCAGGAGUUAUGCGAGAUGUUGCAAGAUGGUCGACCAGAACUGGAGUAGGCCGUUUAAUGAUCUGUUGUUUAAAAUUAAAGUGCAAUUAGAACAGUGUUUAGUAGCGCAGUCGGAUAGGCUGAUUCGAAGCAAUGCAUGGCUGAGACUAGAUUCGGCUUUGAGAUGCCGCAUAAAAGACUUGACCCCCGUUGUGGAGCCCGUGAGUCGCUUGCCUCGAGCGACCCCAAAACGAACAAAAAAAUCGCCUCUUCAAUCAGCUACAAAAUCGCACAGCCAGAGUCCGACAAUAAGCUCGUCUGACUCCUCCCGCAACUCAAGCCCCGGGAUGAACCAAGCCCAGUCUCGUCUACACAAUUCCGGCGGAAGUCCUUCUCUUCGCAGGAGUCUCCUUCUAGCGGCGAGAGCGCCCCAGGUGCCCCCCAGCCCGUCCACUCACCGGCGCAGUACUCUAACUCAACCCACCCAGGCCAGCGCUGCCAAAUCGGCUCCAUCCAAGAACGUCAAGACCACGCCCAGGAACCCUCCGCCCAAAGCCACACCUCCUCAGAGGAAACCCCCGGCGCGAAGCGCCGUCUCUAAUCCUAAUCUAAGGAAACCAACAAAUCCAACGCUCUCUAGCAAAAAGCCGAUUAGUAGGUCGAGCUCGCCCUUGAAGGGCGACAGUAGGGCCAGCUCGCCGAGGAAGGUGGACAGUAAGGUCACUUCGCCGAUAAAAGCCGAUGUUCGGACGUCUUCGCCCAAGAAAAUGCAAAAUGGGAAAGUCGGGUCGCCGAGAAAGGAAGCGAAGGAGAGCAAGGAAAGCAAACCUCUACCUACAAUACAAAGGUCGAGCACUUUUCUCAAAGAUGAGCCCACUGUUUUGGGGAAAGUUAAGUAAAGGGAUGUUUCCAGCUAGUCCAUUCCUAGUCAGGCAUAUUUUGUUUCGUUUUUGAUCUCGUUAUUGUAUUAUUUUUGUAUGUUUGUAAUUAGAAAACAUUGUGAUAUAUAUUACAUUUAAAUGCUUCACAUGAAUCAAAUUUUAGUCGUUUUUAAAUUAAAUACAUUCCAUAAAUGUGAUAAUUUAACUCAGAUACUAAAACGCAGAGUACUUUGUGUUUUAAUUAAUUUAGCUCGAAACUACUCACUUAACUUCAAGCAAAAUUAGUUAAAAAAUUGUGCAUUCAAAAAUAUUUAUGUUUAAAGGUGCCAGCUGUUAUGCUACCCACAUUUUAUGUACUGUCUUAAGUUGUCUUGUAAAUUAAAUUCAAAGACUGAAUUUAUUAAACAAAUCAAGUACAAAUUUUGGGUAAUCAAAUUUACCAGCGUGGGUAGUAUUCUGUGAUUUUUUUAGGUGUUUAACGCUUUUAAAUUAAUUUUAAUCACGUUCAUGUGAAGUUCCUGAUAUUUGAUUAAGCGUUGUUGAUAAGAGUGAACAAAGUACGUGGAAUAUAAGAUAGAUAUCUAAAGGGAAAUGACAGAUUCGUAUAUAUUAAUUUACUAUUGUAAUAGUUGUUUCAUAACAAAUGUUUAUAAUUUCAUGUAAAUUAAAUAAAGUAGAUAUUUUUAA